AUGUCUACCACAGACUAUGAGUGGAAUAUGGAGAGAGAGGGAUAUCUUUUGAACCUGAUGUGCUUUCAUCGGCCUUUGGGUAAGAACGCCACGGAAUGUUUAUCCAUAAUCGAAAAGAAGCUGGCCGAAAAAUAUACGGAACCCAAAUUGACUAGUGCAAUAAUCAAUGCCAAAAUUAACGAGUACUAUGAUAUGGUGGGUUUGUCAAAGCUAGAUUCUAGAGAAACUAACACUAGUGAGCCCUCCUCGCAACAUGUUGUCGCUGGUGCUGCCAAAGUGGAAGAUCAAGCGAACGAUAACAAAGAAGAUGGGGAAAAGCCCCUUGAGGAUAAAGAUGCAGAGGAGAUACAAACUAGAAAUCAGCGCCAGGCUGAUAAUAGCGUGAAUUUCAUCGACAAGGAGAAAGUGAAAGAAGAAGACGUCGAGGACGAGAAUAAGUUAAAGGAGAUUGAAAAGGCGAAAGGAAAAGAAGAUGCUGACGACGCAGAAGAAGAAGCACAUGCAGAGAAAAAACACAUUAAACACGUUACAAUUGAUGAGGACAAGAACAAGGUCUUCGUUGAGACUGUUCCUUUCAAAGAAACUGAGAAGGAUAAUUUUGGGGUUACGAACAGCAACGAUAGCGUGGAAAAAGCAGACCAAAAGAAAAAAGAGCCACGGAAAGAAGGAAGUAUAAAAAAUUUGGAGAAAGAAGAGCAAUUAGAGGAACAAAGUAAGGUAAAGGAGGCAAGAGAGAGAAGUGAAGGAGAAAAUGAAGUAGAACAAAAGGACGAAGAAGAGAAGACAGAAACAGUGAUGGAGCAGGCAAACGAAGGGAAGAGGGACGCAAGCGAGAAGAAGGAGGACACAGAUGAGGACAGGGAAGAUAGUGAGGAGCCUGCACAUUUGACUAGAGCACAAGCUAGGAAACUGCAUAUCAAUGUGGAAAAAGAAACACAGCACAAUGAAAAGAAAGCACACGAUCUUGAGGAAGCAAGACGUACAAAGUAUUCCGGCACGAGGGGAACGAGCGAGACUGGAGAUGAAGAAGAGGAUGCUCCCAAAUCGGAAGACGCAGAGGAAUCAGAGAACGAUGCGAACAAUCUCUCGGUAGCAGUUGAAAGUGAGCCAGAGGAGAAGGUAGAAGAGCCGACAUCUACCACCCCUAGAAAAAGAGGAAGAAGAAGAAAUACGGCAGAGGAUGUCACUCCACGCCGGAGCACAAGGCUCAGAAGAAGAUCAGACCAAGAGGAUGACGAGAAUACCGAGAACGACGUAGGUGAACCUGCGAUUGGGAAGCGGACACGGAGCAGUUCAAGUGGGAGAACGCACCAGCCACCCACUCCUCUUUCGCCCGAGAGCACCGCUCCUAGAGGCGGUCGAAAGAGAAAGACGACUCCAGCUCCAGAGACAGAGGUGCCGACAAGAAGGACUCGUUCUAAGAGACGCGGUGAGAGUGACAAUGAGGGUGGCAGUGACAAGGAGGUGGACGAUGCCAAACAGUCCAAAGAAGGCGUCAGGGAGGCCGCAAACAUUUCUAUGGACAAGGUAAAGAGCGUGGCGACGGAAGAUGGCCAAAGAGACGAAGCUGAAGAGAAAGAGAAGGAACACAACGAAGACAAGGAGGAGGUCGACGAAGCCGCUGAGGGAAUGCGUCUUCGACGCCGUGUUAAAAUCACCGCCUCCGGCUGCAACAGGUGCAGCUACUCCUACAACGACGACAGUAACAACGACACCCGGUGCAUCUACACCGGCUUCCACAGCCGUAAGACACAGUUUUCGUCGACGUUGUUUGAUGAGCCCGAAAGCAUCACCUUCAACAACAUCAGCGGGGAGCACAACUACCGGAAAUGCAGCUUUCUCAAUGUGAUUAGCUACAUAAUGAUGCUGCUUGGGAUGAUAUUGCAGCUGCUCUUUCUUGCGUCAGAUGUGUACACGUUGGUUCAGAUCUACGCGUUGAAGAACUGGAGCGACUUCCACACAAUCACUUACAUCCCUGUGUUGGCGUACAAGAUCAUCUUCACGACGUGCAUCGGGAUCUCUUUCCUUUACGUGAUUUUUUUUUGGGUGCUUGGGGUUUUCAUCGAAAGAGAGAACAAAGUGGUCAAGUCGUACCUCCACACGGGCGCCCGCACUAUCGACUCGUUGAAAAGUCACGAGCGGUUCUGCAUCUUCGAAGAGAUCCAGACAAAGAACUUCCACGACUGGAUGUGCUUGACCAUCUAUAGUGAGUACCACUACGACAUCAUCAGCUGGAUUUUUGCCGACUCCCCUAGACAGAUCUUGAAUGGCGCAACAAUUGCUUACUCGGUUUCUAACAAGUUCACAAGCGGCGACAUAGGCAGCGUGAUCUCCUCCAUCGCCACUAACCACAAGGAGGAGGCCGUGUUACUUUCGUUCAUGAUGUUCUCGUUCAUUAUCUGGCUAUGUUUCACGGUGAAAAACGUCAUCAUGAUAAUCUCGUCCAUCUGCGUCAUCAGCAUCACCAAAAAGAGGUCUCAGAUGAAGUUCCGCAAGUACUGCGCAGAUCUGGUGGCCAGGAGCGUGGCAGAUUUGUACUCAGUGAAGUCGCAGAUGUUGGAGGAAGACUUCUCAAAGAGAAGAAAGGUGCCUUCUUUCUUGAAGAAUGAAAACAUGGUCAUCGACAUCGAAGCGGAACGGAAAGUGGACCACUCUAUCCUCAACUUCUCCAACGAUUUCACUUCGGACUCCAUCGACAAGUCGAACCCCUUCGACGUCGAGCUGCACGAGAUUCCGGUCUCCCACUCCAGAACAAACUUGUUCAACAAGUCCUCUAGCAACCUACACAACGACGGGUUCCUCAACACAACGUUCACCGACGAUUCGGAUGAGGAUCCUUUCAGUUCAUCGUCCACGAACUUGGCAGCAUAUCCCGCCGUCCCUGCUCCGCACAGAAACGAACAGCACGUUCCGGUUACCGACAACUACGUUUACGUCCCAUCCAGGGUAUACGAAGAGGCCUACCACAAUAGCAACAACUCACCCUUUACUACACAGCCAAUAAAACACAACGGAACGACCCAUUCUGAUAGACAAACAAGCACAGAGCGCACGGUAGAACGAACACUUCCACACUCCCAAAGCUCGAAGCUCCUCUACGGCUCGAGGGGCCUCGUUCCAGAGCCCAGAAACCUUUUGUAA